GAUCAGUGCCUGUGCAGCCUGGCUGGGCCUUUCACCGAAGGAAAUUCCUUGGCAAGGGUAGCGGUGGUAGACGGCGACUGCACAAGACCAAAACGUCAAUCAAAGAAGCCAAGUGCGAAGCGAGUGACUAUGGAGGCAAGAUCCGCGUCUGCUCUUAGCAGCAUUUUUCAUCACGAGGUGGCUGUUUUUCUGUGAUAGCGUGCUAGUAUUCACCUAACUACUGCUGGGAGCCGCCGCGGCCAUGCCGCAUUCCUUAGACGCGGUCGGCUCGCCGUCCCGAUCCCAAUCCUCCUCGCUCGCCGUCAAGCCAUGGUCGGCAGAGGUGAGUCCCCCCUCUCAACUGGGUACCAGUCCUGGCGUGCCCAGCAAAUUUCGGUUCGGAACCCACAUCUGCGUGGGGGAGUUCUCGCGAGCAGAUGGGCUCUGUCAGAUCCGCCGGAUUGUUUUGGAGUAAGCCGUGGUCCGCCGCAGAGGCGACC